AAAUGUUUUGGAACGGAACGCAGUCCCGUCAAAAAUGGCCUCUAUGUUCAGUGUUUUGCUGCGAAAAUCCGCAAAUUUGGGCCAAACAGCGGCCUUAACAAAGAAUUUACCAGCCCUUUAUAAUGUGAACAGCCAACGUAACGCACACAGAUGGAUGCCAGAUGCGGAGUAUGUGAAGCAGUUCGAGGGGGCCGUCAUGUACCCUGACGAUGUCACCUCGCUGCUGAAACAUCCACCUUACCACGGUGUGGUGGCUCCCGGAGAGAAGCAAGUCAAGAACAUGGUCCUCAACUUCGGACCUCAACAUCCGGCCGCUCACGGAGUGUUGCGAUUGGUGCUUGAACUGGACGGAGAAACGGUCCGCGCAGCAGACCCUCACAUCGGCCUCCUACACCGGGGCACAGAGAAGCUGAUAGAAUACAAGACGUACACCCAGGCGCUGCCUUACUUCGACCGACUGGACUAUGUGUCCAUGAUGUGCAAUGAACAAUGCUAUAGCUUGGCCGUUGAGAAGUUGCUCAACAUUGAUAUACCGCUGAGAGCUAAAUAUAUUCGAACUCUCUUCGCUGAAAUAACUCGUCUAUUAAACCACAUCAUGGCAGUUGGUACCCACGCGCUUGACGUGGGUGCUCUCACUCCUUUCUUCUGGCUGUUCGAGGAGCGAGAGAAGAUGAUGGAGUUCUACGAAAGAGUUAGCGGAGCCAGGAUGCACGCUGCCUACAUCAGACCGGGAGGAGUUUCCCUUGACAUGCCAUUAGGUCUUAUGGAUGACAUCUACGAGUUUUCAUCCAAAUUCGCUGAGCGUUUGGAUGAGGUGGAAGAUGUCCUGACAACCAACAGGAUCUGGGUGCAGAGGACUAAGGAUAUCGGUGUCGUCACCGCUCAGGAUGCUCUCAAUUACGGCUUCAGCGGUGUGAUGCUCCGCGGGUCGGGCAUCAAAUGGGACCUGCGCAAGUCGCAGCCGUACGACGCGUACCAUCUGGUAGACUUCGACGUACCUAUUGGUACCAACGGGGAUUGCUAUGACAGAUACCUGUGCCGCGUGGAGGAGAUGCGUCAGUCGCUCCGCAUCAUCGACCAGUGCCUCAACCAGAUGCCCCCCGGAGAGGUCAAGACGGACGAUGCCAAGCUCACGCCACCCUCGCGCGAGGAGAUGAAGACGUCAAUGGAGGCCCUCAUCCACCACUUCAAGUUGUUCACGCAAGGCUACCAGGUGCCCCCAGGGUCCACGUACACGGCUGUAGAGGCUCCAAAGGGAGAGUUCGGGAUCUACCUCGUCUCUGAUGGAGGAUCCAAGCCUUACAGAUGCAAGAUCAAGGCGCCCGGCUUCGCUCACCUGGCUGCUCUAGAGAAAGUCGGCAAAAACUCCAUGUUAGCAGACAUCGUUGCUAUCAUCGGCACCCUCGACGUGGUCUUCGGAGAAAUUGACCGAUAAACACCGAUUUUUAGUACAAAAUGCCGGUUUAAUCCGAAAAUACCGAAUUUCGUAAAUGUACCGGAGUUAAUAAUUUGGUGCUAAGUUCCGGUUAUUCGUCAUAAUCUAUACUAAUAUUAUAAAGCUAAAGAGUUUGUUUGUCUGCGCUAAGCUCCUUAAAUACUAGUUUAAAUUGAAUAAUUCUUUUCGUGUUGCAUAGCCCAUUUACUGAGGCAGGCUAUUAAUAAAACACCAAGCAAAUAAACUUUUUCGCAUUUAUAACAUUCGUUGUGAUUUACGUUUUAAAAUGGUCGUCAAAUUUUUUAAAUGAACUGUGGGAGUGAGAUGCAGACAUCUUGUUGUCUCACUCGUACAUGUGGACUUUGUAAAUAAUAAAUCAUAUUUAUUUCUGUAAAUGGUAAUUUAACAUCUUUAAAUUACUAGAUUUCUGCAUUACCUAUCGGACUACUCUGAGAAGAAGCCGAAACUAACUCGGAGGUCAUAAUCUCAUUAUAAAGGCGUUGACGUCCUACGUCUCUUUCUUACAAGAUAUAUUAUAAUUAUGUAUUUGUGGACGAAUUCAAACUGUUUUUUUUUUUCGAAAUCUAUGGUUUGUUAAUUUACGAUUUUCGGUAUUUUCCGUAAAAACCGAAUUUUAGAUAAGAGAAACUUUAAUAGUGUAAAAUGUCAACGUAGAUUCCCAUGUACAUUUUUUUUUUAAUUUUUAAGCAAUAAAUUAUUGUUAAAUAAUUUUGAACCUUA